ACUACCCUACAAUUUUUGUAUCUAUUUCUUUCGUUUGGCUCACCGCAGAGAGCAUUUCCCUGUACUCCAUAAUGGUGUUCUUGAUCCCAUGUAUGACUCCCAAAUUUUCUCUCCUUUAUCUGAGCCGAGUUCUGAUAGAUGGUAUAUAGGCCAUACAGGCCCUAAACAUGUGUUAGAAUUCUUUGAUAGCCUAUCUGACCACAAUCUAGUCUUGAAUUCUAACCCUGAAACUGAUCCAAAUCUUGUGCUGAAUGGCGAGUUAUUUAUCUCAUGCUAUAGUGCAUCUUCUUUCCAUGAUGUUGUUGCUUCCCCUUCGAUAUUGGGUAAGAGAUCCUUCUCUAACAGCAACAAUAGUCCUUCUUUCUCUCCAAUCAAAAAUCCUUGCUAUGAGCUUGGUGAUGGCUCUUCUUCUAAGAUUUCUGUGAGUUGGACGACCCUUCGAAGAGCCCCAUUUUCUCUACUAGAUUUGACCCACAACCCGGAUCCUUUGUUUACACCAAAACCAUCCUUUUAUAUUCUCGUAGAAGAUCUAGGUUCAGAAAAAUCAAGUAAUGACUCUAAUUCUCCUCAUCCUUCUCCUCUGGCUAUCGAUCAAUAUGGGUCAAAUAUUAAGGGUGAUGAAGAGAAAUCUCUGGACAAUUGGAAAAAGGAAUCAAUCAAUACAAUAGCAAAGAACCAAUCAACUACAAAGCGGGCAAAGGAAUCCAUGGGAGGUGCGAACCAUGGGAACUAAGGUGCUGAAUAAGGAUGUUAAGGAGGUGUUGGCCGCAAUUGAGACGUGGAAUUGGGAGUUACAACUUCAAGUCACUACGAUCACUAUUGAAGCAAACAACAACAAUCUGAUCAGACUCCUUCCUGGCCUUCAAAGCAUCAUGGAUUGGUAAGCUAAAACUAUGUGGGAAGACAAAGUUCCAAAUUUUUUGAAUGCUUUCUCUCAUUCGAAACUAUUUACUUAUGUUUAUGUUAGUAAAAUAGCUAAUUGGGUAGCAAUUACAUUAGCUAAAGCUACUGAUAAUGCAACAACAACCCGUAACUAUAUGGGUUAUCCUCCUUCUUGUAUUUUAAAUAUUUUGGAUCAGGAUAGACGGGGUGCCUGCACUCAAGUCUAUGAACAAGUUUAUUUUUGAUUUCUAAUUUUAUUCAAUUUUUCUUAUAAAAAAAAAGAUUUCAAUUUUUCUUA